AUGAGACAUAAAAUGCUACCGGAGAAAGGGAAGACUACCAAUACUGACCUCCAAGGUUCAGGAGAACAGGAGAGACAGACCAGUGAGGACAUAGAGAAAGAAGGCCAAGAAGGUCUUGAGCCCAUGGUGGUGUCCAAGAGAGCAGGAAGUGUCUCUCCUGAACUGAAGUCUGGGGACGAAGAGGAUUUUAUAAAAGCGGAGAUCCCAGAGAUGGUUGGGGGUGAGCCAAGUGAGAAGAGGUUGAGACCUCAAGAUUCUCCAGAGGUUUUGAAGGCCCCACAGUCCCCAGAUUCUGGAUGGGGAACCCCACAACUGUCUGAACCAUGGGAAAAUACUAAGGCCAGCCUGCCUUCUUUUGAGGGAGGUUCAGAGGCUUGUCAGAGGUUCAGGGGUCUGGCUGAUGUCAGUGGAGAAGCCGUUGAGGAAUAUGGAAGAGUCGGGGGCAGAAAUACGGACGUUUAUAAGAAGGUGAAGGAAGAUCUCCUGCGGGAAGACUUGGUCACCAUGGAUGUGCAGCGGACGCUCUUCAGGGAGUUCCGAUAUCAAGAGGCCGAGGGGCCUCGUGAAGUCUGUAGCCGCCUCUGGUACCUCUGCCAUCGGUGGCUGAAGCCAGAGAGGCAUACUAAGGAGCAAAUCCUGGAGUUGGUGAUCCUGGAGCAGUUCCUGGCCAUCCUGCCCUUAGAACUCCAGAGUUGGGUCAAAGCGGGUUGCCCUCAGACGUGUGACCAGGCAGUGGCCAUAGCGGAAGAUUUCCCACCUCGACGGCAAGAGGCUGGGCUGCGGGAACGUGAGGCUCCAGCGCUGAUCAUGGAGGGGGCUGUGAAUUUUCCCACUGCUGAGGGCCCUCCGUCUACCCGGAAAAAGAAGCAACGUCGCCUCAAGGCCAAGCAGGAGGAUGAAGGCGAGACCGGCUCAGAGGGCGAUGAGUGGGUGAUUGAGAGCAGGGUGUCGGAUCCCGAGCUGGAAAAUCCACGGCCCAUGAAGUUGCGCCGGGCGACCUGGGGAAGCCCUGCCUGGCAUCAGGAGGAUGCAGACGUUGCGGCAAGUCAAGAUGGCACCGAGAGGGAUGGCGAAAACUGCCUGGACCCCAAAGAGGUGAAAAUCUUUCCUUAUUUAGGAGAAGACGGGGACCAGACCCAACCGGUGGUCGUCAAAAGAAGGCGAAGAAGCCGGGGGAAGAAGACUUGUGGUGUGUGCGGAAAAACCUUCAGUCGGAGCACAGUGCUGGCCGCGCAUCAGAGGACCCACACGGGAGAGAAGCCGUUCAUGUGCCAGAACUGUGGGAAAUGCUUCAGCUUCAAAUCCACCCUGGUGGCGCACGAAAGGACCCACACGGGAGAGAGACCCUACACGUGCGACCAGUGCGGGAAAAGCUUCACUGUCAGUUCGGUCCUUACAAGACACUAUCGAGUUCACAUCGAGAAGGAACUGUUCCGCUGCUCGGAGUGUGACAAGACCUUCAGCCAGAAGUCGCAGCUCCUGAACCACCAGAAAAUCCACCUGCGGGAGAAGCCAUUCAAAUGCUCGCAGUGCGGGGAAGGUUUUAGCCGGAGCUCUAGCCUUAAGAAACAUGAGGGCUCCCACACGGGGGAGAAGCCCUUCAAAUGCCCGGACUGCGAGAAAUCCUUCAACACCUCUUCCCAGCUGGUCAAGCACCACCGCGUGCACACAGGAGAGAGGCCAUAUACCUGCGCUGAGUGCGGGAAAAGCUUCAGCCAGUGGCAGAUCCUGAUGGUGCACCAGAGGACCCACACGGGGGAGAAGCCCUUCAAAUGCGCCACGUGUGGGAAAUGCUUCUCCGACCGUGCCGUCCACAUCAGGCACCAGAAAGUCCACACGGGGGAGAGGCCACAUCUGUGCACGACCUGUGGGAAAAGGUUCACUCACCGCACGGUCCUGGUGAAGCACCAGAAAAUCCAUGCCAGAGAAGCUCUGAACAUGCUUCGGCUGGAAGAGGAGCAGAAGCAACAGCCGCCCCCGCCAACAGAAGUCCCAUAA